UCGCUCUGGGACCACGUGACUGCGCCUUCUCGGCAACAAUGGGCCGAGCGAAUCGGGUGCUCAUAUUUCCAAGCAAAGCAUCGAGAAAUUGUUGAACCCGGCGAACAUCCACCACAGUUCGAAUUCCACGACGACGUUGACGACCAGGUGAAGGAUAUUCAUAAUGGCAGCGACAGUGAUCAGAUUCAGGUGCUUGAAUGCACCUCCACUGCGCCAGGCGUCUCGCGCAUUAUUUCCAGCUUCAAUUACAUCGCGAGGCUUUGCCACCGAAGCUCCCUCUCUCGAGCCCCCUACUAAACGACGCCCAACAUACUUCAAAGACAAACUGAAUAGCGUACCGUCAUUCAACGAGUUCAUGGGUGCAGAAGACGAGAUCCUGUCCAACGAAGAUGCCCUCGAAUUGCGGACUGCGAUGGUAGGACCACCAGGGAAGAAAAAGCAGAUUACUCGACUCCCGGAAUGGUUGAAGACGCCCAUACCGGAUAAUUCAAAUUACAAGAAGAUCAAGAAAGAUCUGAGAGGGUUAAAUCUGCAUACAGUUUGCGAGGAAGCACGGUGUCCCAAUAUUUCGGACUGUUGGGGAGGAGGCGACAAGAGCGCUGCUACCGCGACGAUUAUGUUGAUGGGAGACACAUGCACACGAGGAUGUCGAUUUUGCAGUGUCAAAACUUCGAAGGCACCUCCGCCGCUGGAUCCUCACGAGCCGGAACAUACUGCAGAGGCACUUUCGAGGUGGGGACUUGGAUAUGUGGUGCUGACGUCCGUGGAUCGUGAUGAUCUCGUGGACGGUGGAGCGAGACAUUUCACAGAGACGAUCAUGAAGAUCAAGCAGAAGAAGCCGGAUAUGCUAGUUGAGGCAUUGACGGGAGAUUAUGCGGGAGAUCUGGAUAUGGUGGCCAUGGUCGCGAGGAGUGGACUAGAUGUUUACGCUCAUAAUAUGGAGACGGUGGAAGAGUUGACUCCAUUUGUUAGAGAUAGAAGGGCGAAAUUCAGACAGAGUUUGCUGGUUUUAGAAGCUGCCAAGAAGACUGUUCCGACCCUGAUAACCAAGACGAGCAUUAUGCUUGGACUUGGCGAGACUGAGGAACAACUGUGGGCGACAUUGAAAGAACUUCGGAAAGUCAAUGUAGACGUCGUAACAUUCGGCCAAUACAUGCGUCCAACCAAGCGCCACAUGAAAGUCGAAGAAUACAUCACACCCGAGACAUUCGAGCUGUGGCGCCAGCGUGCUCUCGAUCUGGGCUUCCUCUACUGUGCCAGUGGACCACUGGUCCGUAGUUCGUACAAGGCGGGAGAAGCGUUCAUUGAGAAUGUGAUCAAGAAGAGGAAGGGUGUCACGAUAUUGACGGAUGAGACUACUGGUAUGCAGAAGGCGGUUGUAUAA